AUGGGUUCGUUAAGCUCUCCAAUCCUCACCAACAAAGGGGUGCCAAACCUACCAUAUUUCACCCCGGCACAUGCCUCAGAUCCUGGUGCACCGUUUACCCCAUCUCCCGAUACUCCAACGCUGUUCACUCCUCUCAAGAUCCGCUCCAAAACCCUGCGCAACCGCAUCAUUGUGGCACCAAUGUGCCAAUACUCCACCGCUUCUUCGGGUCCUGACAUUGGUAAACUCACCGACUACCACAUCGCAACACUAGGCCAUUACGCUCUAAAAGGGGCAGCAUUAGUCUUCGUUGAAGCGACAGGCGUGCAACCCAAUGGACGAAUUAGCCCGUGGUGUCCUGGACUAUGGACUGACGCGCAGACCGAAGGCCUCAAGCGCGUUUCGGACUUUAUCAAGUCCCAGGGUGCUCUUUCCGGGAUUCAGCUCGCUCACGCCGGACGGAAGUCGAGUACUCUGCCGCCGUGGGUGGCGUCAUCUCUCAAGAGACCGUCACUCCGUGCGGACAAGAAUGCGGAUGGAUGGCCGGACGAUGUGGUAGGGCCGAUGGGCGGACCAGAGGAGAGCUGGGAUGGCAAAGGAUUGGCGGAAGACGGCGGCUUCUGGCCCCCGAGGCAGCUGACUGUGGAGGAGAUCCAAGACGUGGUCAAGGCAUUUGCAGACAGCGCUCGAAGAGCUGUGGAAGCCGGCAUCGACGUGAUUGAAAUCCACGCUGCGCACGGCUACCUGAUGCAUCAAUUCCUCAGCCCCAUCACGAACAGGCGCACCGACCAGUACGGCGGCAGCUUUGAGAAUCGCGCACGUAUCCUGGUUGAAGUCAUCCAAGCAGUCCGCGCACAGAUACCACAGGACAUGCCCCUGUUUCUGCGUGUCAGCUCGACCGAGUGGAUGGAGGAGACGGACCUGGGCAAGCAGCUUGGAAGCUGGGAUGUGGAAAGCACGAUCAAGCUGGCUCGUCUGCUGCCCGGGCUGGGAGUGGAUCUUCUCGAUGUCAGCAGCGGCGGGAAUCAUCCCCAGCAGCGCAUCAACAUGUUUGCCUCCAAGGACUACCAGACCAAGAUUGCCAACCAGAUCCGGCAAACAAUGAAGGCGGACAACCUGAAGUUGCUCAUUGGUGCUGUGGGCCUCAUCACAGAAGCCGAGCAGGCGCGGGAUAUUGUUGACGACAGGUCAUCGGAUAAGAGCAUCGGGGAGGAAGCCAACGCCGCAAAGGUGAUGACAGAUGCUAAAGGUGGCAAGGAACCGAUGGCAGAUGUCAUUCUCGUGGCGAGGCAAUUCAUGAGGGAGCCGGAGUGGGUGUUGAAAGUAGGUUGGAAGUUGGGAGUUGAUGUUGCCUGGCCCAACCAAUUCCUGAGAGUGAGGUUUCCAAAGCUGUAA